AGCGGGCGAAGAAUUGUUUUGUGUUAUUAAAUGGAAGUGAAAAUAAAGUGUUUUUCCCUGAAAAUAUUGAAUUAGUUUGUGUAUUUCCAUCAUGGCAUACCACUACGUGGUGACGGCGCAGAAGCCGACUGCCGUCACAGCGUGUGUUACCGGGAACUUCACGUCGCCGACGGACCUCAACCUGCUGGUGGCGAAGGUGUCGCGGCUGGAGAUGUACCUCGUGACGCCGGAGGGCCUACGCCCCAUGAAGGAGGUGGGCCUGUAUGGCCGUGUUGCCAAGAUGAAGCUCUUCCGGCCGCCUUACGAGAAAAAGGAUUUAGUAUUUAUACUGACAGCUCGUUACAAUGCAAUGAUUUUGGAGUGGCGAACUGGUGCCAAUGGUGACUUGGAAGUGGUGACCCGUGCUCACGGAGACGUGUCUGACCGCAUCGGCAAACCAUCCGAGAAUGGCAUCCUGGCAGUCAUUGACCCACAGGCUCGGGUUAUUGGUCUUAGACUCUAUGAUGGUCUAUUUAAGAUAAUUCCACUUGAUAAAGAUUCCACAGAACUAAAAGCUGCUAGUUUAAGGUUAGAAGAAUUAAAUGUGUAUGAUGCAGAGUUUUUGCAUGGCUGUUCCAAUCCUACACUAAUCUUAGUUCAUCAAGAUCUCAAUGGUAGACAUAUUAAGACGCAUGAACUCAAUCUGAGAGAUAAGGAAUUUAUGAAGAUUCCGUGGAAACAAGACAAUGUGGAGACAGAGGCAAGCAUACUCAUUCCUGUGCCCAGCCCACUUGGUGGUGCAAUUGUAAUUGGCCAGGAGUCAAUAGUGUAUCACGAUGGUCAAAGCUACGUAGCUGUAGCUCCACCACAGAUAAAGAUGACGCCGAUCAACUGCUACUGCCGCGUGGACGGCCGCGGCCUGCGCUACCUGCUGGGUGACAUCGCGGGGCGGCUGUUCAUGCUGCUGCUGGAGCUGGCGCACCGCCCCGACGGCACGCAGGCCGUCAAGGACCUGAAGGUCGAGCUUCUCGGCGACAUCCCGAUCCCGGAGUGCAUGACGUACCUGGACAACGGCGUGGUGUUCGUGGGCUCGCGGCUGGGGGACUCGGCCCUCGUGCGGCUGGCGGCGGCCAGGGACGACGCGGGCCAGCACGUGCUGCCCAUGGAGAGCUUCACGUCGCUGGCGCCCAUCGUCGACAUGUGCGUCGUCGACCUGGAGCGCCAGGGGCAGAACCAGCUCAUCACCUGCUCGGGAGCGUUCAAGAUGGGGUCCCUGCGCAUCAUCCGCAACGGGAUCGGCAUCCAGGAGCAGGCCAGCAUCGACCUGCCCGGCAUCAAGGGCAUGUGGGCGCUCACGUUGGCGCCCGGCGCCACGCACCACGACACGCUCGUACUCUCCUUCGUGGGGCAGACCAGGGUUUUAACGCUAAACGGCGAGGAGGUGGAAGAGACGGAGAUCAAGGGUUUCGUGUCGGACCGGCAGACCUUCUUCACGGGCAACGUUGUUCACAAUCAACUGGUGCAGGUGACGGACGAGGGCAUCCGCCUGGUGGCGCGCGGCGCCGACGGCGGCUGGGCGCUGGCGGCCGAGUGGCGGGCGGCGGCGGGGGGGGGGGGGGGGGCGGGCGCGGGGCGCGGCGUGGGCGUGGUGGCGUGCGCGGGCGCGCGCGCCGUGGUGGCGGCGGGCCCGCGGCUGUCGCUGCUGGCCGUGGGCGACGGCGCGCUGCAGCUGCUCACCGAGGUGUGCAUGGAGGAGGAGGUGGCGUGCCUGGACCUGGCGCCGGCGGCGGACGACGCGCCCCCGCGGCUGCUGGGCGUGGGGCUGUGGACCGACAUCUCCGUGCGGGUGCUGCGCCUGCCCGAGCUGACGCCGCUGCACACGGAGAAGCUGGCCGGAGAGAUAAUCCCGCGCUCGCUGCUGAUCAGCGUGCUGGAGGGCGUGUGCUACCUGCUGUGUGCGCUCGGCGACGGCUCCAUGUUCUACUUCACGCUCGACCGGGAAACUGGGGUGCUCAGCAACCGCAAGAAAGUCACACUCGGCACGCAACCCACGGUGCUGCGCAGCUUCAGAUCUCUAUCGACGACGAACAUCUUCGCGUGCUCGGACCGGCCGACGGUGAUCUUCUCGUCCAACCACAAGCUGGUGUUCUCCAACGUUAACCUCAAGGAGGUCACACACAUGUGCAGCCUCAACGCCGCCGCCUACCCUGACAGUUUAGCGCUGGCGACGGACAGCACGGUGACGAUCGGCACCAUCGACGAGAUACAGAAGCUGCACAUCCGGACCGUGCCGCUGGGGGAGACGCCGCGACGCAUCGCCUACCAGGAGGCUUCACAGACGUUCGGCGUGAUCACGAUGCGCGUGGAGGCGCUGGAGUCGCUGGCGGGCGCGGCGGGCCCCGCGGGCGCGGCCGCGGCGCGGGCCUCCGCCUCCACGCUGGCGCCCGCCUCCAGCGCCUCCAGCGCGGCGCAGGCGCAGCCCAAGCACGCGCCCGCCAUGACCGACCUCGAGGUGCACAACCUGCUGCUCAUCGACCAGCACACCUUCGAAGUGCUGCACGCCCAUCAGCUGAUGACGAGCGAGUUCGCCAUGUCGCUGGUGUCGUGCCGCCUGGGGGACGACCCCAACCACUACUACGCCGUCGGCACCGCCAUACUCAACCCCGAGGAGUCCGAGCCCAAGCAGGGUCGGAUAUUGCUGUUCCACUGGUCGGAAGGCAAGCUGGUGCAGGUGGCGGAGAAAGAGAUCAAGGGCGGCUGCUACACGCUCGUGGAGUUCAACGGGAAACUGCUGGCCUCCAUCAACAGCACAGUACGUUUGUUCGAGUGGACGUCGGAGAAGGAGCUGCGGCUGGAGUGCAGCCACUUCAACAACAUCGUGGCGCUGUACCUUAAGGUGAAGGGCGACUUCAUCCUGGUCGGCGACCUCAUGCGCUCCAUGUCGCUGCUGCAGUAUAAACAGAUGGAGGGCAGCUUCGAGGAGAUCGCGCGCGACUACAGCCCCAACUGGAUGACGGCCGUGGAGAUCCUGGACGACGACACCUUCCUCGGAGCGGAGAACAGCUUUAACCUCUUCGUGUGCCAGAAGGACAGCGCGGCCACGACGGACGAGGAGCGGCAGCAGAUGGGCUACGCGGGCCAGUUCCACGUGGGCGACAUGGUCAACGUCAUGCGGCGCGGGGCGCUGGCGGCGCGCCACGCCGACUGCGCCGACUGCGCCGCGCCCACGGCCAACCCCGUGCUGCUGGCCACCGUGUCCGGCGCCAUCUGCCUGGUGGUGCAGGUGUCGCACGAGCUGUUCGAGUUCCUGCGGCAGCUGGAGGAGCGCCUCACUCGCAGCAUCAAGUCCGUGGGGAGGGUGGCGCACUCGUUCUGGCGCUCCUUCAACACGGACAUCAAGACGGAGCCCGCCGACGGCUUCGUGGACGGAGACCUCAUCGAGAGCUUCCUCGACCUGCACCGCGACGUGCAGCGCGAGACCAUACAGGGCAUGCAGAUCGACGAUGGCGGCGGGAUGAUGCGCGACGCUACCGUAGACGAUAUAAUUAAGAUAGUAGAAGACCUCACGCGGAUACACUAGCCGCGCGCGGUAGGCUUGUUAUUAUUAUGUUAGGAUGGUCUGCCCUGGUGAUGUCGCUCCGGUCAACUUUAUUAUAAAAUACAUUAUCUAUGUCAAAGA